AUGUUGCCAAGCCAACGGCUCAAGAAAAAGCCUCACCAGAAGUCCAAAAAUGGUUGCCUCAACUGCAAGCAGCGCAAGGUCAAGUGUGACGAGGCUCAGCCCAAGUGUGCCAACUGCAACAGGUUUCGCUUGGAUUGUCAUUAUCAGAACAUUCGGCAAAACAUAGCCGCAUUGCCACCGAUAGCUGUACCUCAAGCUGACACGGAACCCACACCCGUCGCCCCAGCGAGACGUAAGCGAGGCCGGCCGCGUAAGGACUGGACUACCCAAGGCCUUGCGUCAGAGACACCCGUUCAGUCGGAGCCUAGCCAGGGAUUGCUUCCUUCAGAUGCUGAACUUAACAUCACUCAAGCUGAGUUGCUGCAUCAGUUUAUCACUCGCACGGGGCCAAAUCUAGGCGGCUCCGAUGAUCCUAACCACCCAAUCGUCCAGUUCUGGUCGAGAAAUGCAACGCUACUCGCCAUCUCGCAUCCCUAUCUGCUUCAUCUCUGUCUCUCUCUCGCGGCAUAUCACCUGGCAUUUCUAGCGCCAGAACCAGAGCCCAGCAAGGCACGCCACGCCGCCCUCGCCAGACAUCACUUUUCUGUCGGUCUCACCCAGGCAAAUGAAGCCUUGUCCAUUAUUGACGCAUCGACUUGUGGCAGCCUCUACGUAUCAACGAUACUCGUGUGCUUUUGUUCAUUUGCCGCAGGACCCAGUGGCCCUGACGAUCUCUUUGUAUGUUCUGCAGGGGAUAAAUCAUCCCACAAAUGGCAUCCACUAGCACAUGGUGCACGGCUUAUACGAGAGCUUUACGACGAAAGUGUCCUGUUCUCCGGACUUACAGAGCCUCUUGGUAGGCGUAACCCACCACCUGAGGACCCUCGCCCGACCUGUGUCUGCCAGGGCUUCGUACGGGUUGAUUGGACUGACCCUCUUGCAAGACUACACGACUUGGUUGUCUCAACUGAAACGCCGAGCGAUACUGUCUACGUACGCUCCCUACAGAUGCUUACUGCCAUCUACGAAGGUACGUUUGGUGAUAGGGAGGGAUGUGUCAAAACGCCAUUGCGCCACAAAGCCGUCCUUAUAUGGGUUUACAUGAUGGAAGAUGCUUUUAUAGAGCGUCUACAGAGAAAGAAAGCCAUCGCAUUGCUGCUACUAGCCUAUUAUGCCCCUCUGAUUAAAACCAUGAAAAGAGAGUGGUUCCUGCAUGGCUGGGCGGAACACAUUCUCCGGGCAUCCGAGAUGUAUAUAACAGACGACUAUAUUGACUUCUUGCAAUGGCCUGCCGAAGCAGUGAGAUCAAUAUGA